AACAACAAGGAGCAGAAGAAGAAGAAGAAGAGCAACAUCAACAAAGUGCAACAGCGCCAUUUUACUUUUCAUUCAUUGGAUUUGAGGCCUUUAUCGUUAUCGGAUAUACAAAGUCUCAUCAUGGUUAAAAUCUUCAUUGGAAACCUUGCCUGCAAUACGACAGCGGAGGAGCUGCGGGAACUCUUUGAGAAGUAUGGCAAAAUCACAGAAUGUGAUGUUGUUAAAAAUUAUGGCUUUGUGCACAUGAGUAGCGUGUCUGAGGCAGAAGAGGCCAUCCGAAACCUCAAUCAGCAUCAGUUACAUGGCUGGCGAAUGAAUGUGGAGAUGAGCAAAGGCCGUCCCAAGUCCACCACCAAGCUGCAUGUUGGCAACCUCGGAGAAGGCGUCACCAAUGAUGACCUACGGGCAAAGUUUGAAGCAUUUGGCACAGUGGUUGAGUGUGACAUAGUAAAAGACUAUGCAUUUGUGCAUAUGGAGAGAGUUGAGGAUGCGAUGGAUGCCAUUGUAAAACUGGACAACACAGCCUUCAAAGGCAAGCUGAUGAAUGUACAGCUCUCCACCAGUCGUCUUCGCACAGCCCCCGGAAUGGGAGAUCAUACCGGCUGCUAUGUCUGCGGGAAACAUGGUCACUGGUCAAAAGACUGCCCAAACAAUCGCAAUGGUAGCCUGAGUGACGGACCGAGAGGAGGUCGCAGCAGCUAUGGCCUCCCACGCGGUCCCCCGGGGUAUGGUAGGGGCAGCUAUGGGAUGGCCACAUCUUCUUCAACAGAUUACAUGGGUGGCCCUUCGUACAGUAGGGCUAGUUAUGUAGGUGGGCCGCCGCUGCCGCCACCUCCCCCUCCCCCUCCCCCUCGUAGGGUCAGUGGCUACAGUUCUGAAUAUACCAGUAGAGGCUCCUUCCUUGAUAGGCCAUCGGCACCUUACAGUAGUGCUGACUACUAUGAGAAGUUCAGAGCUCCCUCUUUUGGCUCAAGUUAUUUCGAAGAUCGCCGUAUGUCCUAUAUUGCCCCUCCUCCCCCACCCUCCUCUUCCUCCCUCUCAAAGCAUUCCGCUUUAGAUCCGUAUGACCAUCGGCCUCCACCUUCAACAGCUGCAACAGCGUACUAUGCACAAGCUGGAAGCCCAAUUAGGCGUGUUCCAGCCUCAACAACAGGGUAUCCAUAUGAGCAAACACGGCUGUCACCAGUGUCGUCCUCCAGAAGCUCCUACUCCAUUUCACGAACUAAGGACCAUUAUUCAGCACGCUAUGCGCCUUACUAAAUCCAUGGUGCUAAGGUGAGCAAUACAGUAAGUCUGCUUGUGAACUGCAGGACUUUUCAUUUCUUCAGGAUGCAAGAUUCCAUCGGUCUUCGCGGUGUACAGCAAAAGAAAGUGUAUGAGAUGCAGAAAGUCAAUCAGUUUGGCAUCUCCGAGGCACCUGAGGUGGUGGUGUUCAUCAGAUGAAUCAUCCUUUCAUAUACAUGCGCCUAACCUGUCUUCAAUACAGACUGCAAAGGAUUCUGAUGAUUAUUGAUUAUCUACCUGUAUCUAUCUGUAUGAUACCGUGAAUUUCUCAUAAUUAUUUUUUUCCAUCAGUCUACAGGUUUUCAUCUAAUGUCUUUUUUUUCCUUAAUCUGUGUUUCUUCCUCACAUGAAGCAAAUGGUUUUAUUUAAUGGUUUUGAACUGUUGGUCAUUUGUAAGUGACAAAUGGUCUUGAUUUGUCCACACAAAGGCUGGUGUCUGUUGAUUGGUGCUGAAGACUUUAGUCUUUGCCCUCAACACACAUCUAGCCUGGUCUGAGUUACUUACAUGGAUGUAAUUCAUGAUGCGUUGUUUUAGUUUUUUCUGAAGUGCUUUGUGGGCAGUAGAGUGAAGUUUUCAGUAAGACAGGUGUUGCAGUAAGAUGUAAAGAAACCUGCAAACCUGUGGCUCAGUGAAAUGAAUGUACACCAGUGACACAGUUCACACCAAGGAUGACUUGAGAAAACAUUUUCAGUAUCCAUGUGACUGACUCUGACUACUCCUUAGCUUGAGCUUGAAGAGCCAAGGUAAGACAAAUACUCUCAAACAUUCCAGCUUCUCAGAUUUACUUUUCCCCUAAUGAAAUAUGAAAUCGACAGUCUAUUACACCAUUUAUGAUGAAUAUAAGUUCUUU